AUCGCACAGUUUUGGAUUUUUUUUCAAAACCAAUCCUUUUUAUCUCUCACUUCCUCCUCGCUCGUCUUUCCCUCCAACGCACACCAAUCUUUCUCUCGGUUUGGAUUCUUCUUCUUCUUCUCGAAACCAGCCAACCAUCUUCAUCUUCCUCAUCAGACUGAAGCAACAAUGGAGUUAGUGAUUUCAAGCUCUAAACUUGUCUGUGUUUUCGCAUUGGGAUUCUUCGCUUUGAAUGCCUUCACGCACUGUGGAUCCAACGCUCAACAGAUACCAGAUGAUGAAGUGAAAGUUCUAGAAGCAAUAUCAUCGAAGAUAGAUAAUUUGAAUUGGAAGGUGGGCCCAAGUUCUUGUGUGGAUGGAGGCUUCAAAAAUGAGAGCAUUGUGGGGAACGACAUCAUUAGGAAUGUUACAUGCAAUUGCACUUUCUCCGCCGGAAAAGUUUGCCACGUCACACAUAUCCAGCUGAAAGGUCUUAAUCUAUCUGGAGUUAUACCAAGUGAAUUUGGCAAUCUUACCCAACUGCAAGAAAUUGAUUUGACUCGAAACUAUCUGAAUGGCACAAUCCCAAAGAGCUUUGCUAGACUCCCUCUUGUUAUAGUAUCCCUCCUGGCUAAUCGAAUCAGUGGUCCAAUUCCGGAGGAAAUCGGUGAUAUUUCAACUUUGGAGGAGCUGGUGUUGGAAGAUAAUCUGUUACAAGGAACUCUUCCUUCUAGUCUCGGAAAAUUGAAGCAGUUACGCAGAUUGCUUCUUUCAUCAAAUAAUUUCUCAGGGACGAUACCUGAAAGUUUUGGCAAUUUAAAGAAACUAGAAGAUUUUAGAUUAGAUGGAAACAACAUGUCAGGAAAAUUACCCAGUUUUAUUGGAAACUGGACCAAUCUUGAUAGAUUGGAUUUGCAGGGAACAUCCAUGGAAGGCCCAAUUCCUCCAACCAUAGCUUUGUUAACGAAUUUGACUCAGUUGAGAAUAACUGAUUUGAAUGAGAUGACAACAAUGAGAUUUCCUGAUAUAGAGAAUUUGAAAUCCUUGAAACAAUUGGUGUUGAGAAAUUGCUCAAUCACUGGUUCCAUUCCAAAUUACAUUGGUCAAAUGGAAGACUUGGUUGCUUUAGAUUUGAGCUUCAACAAGUUGAGUGGUAGGAUCCCUAGUGAAAUACAGGACUUGACAAGACUAGAUUACAUGUUUUUGACUGAAAAUUCUUUGAGUGGAGAUAUUCCAGGAUGGAUAUUAGCAAACAAAAAUAACUUGGAUUUAUCUUACAACAAUUUUUCAAAGACUUCUGCUAAGAUUUGCCAGUUCAAGGAUGUAAACUUGGCUUCAAGCCUAUCAUCUUCAGCAGAGACCUCAAUUACUUGCUUGAAAAAGGACCUUCCUUGUGGGGGAAAACCUAAGUAUCAUUCAUUGUUCAUAAACUGUGGAGGAUCAGAAAUUGAAUAUGAGGGGAAUAAGUAUGAAACUGACCUUAAUCCAGAGGGUAUAUCAUUCUUUAGUCCUUCUGGCGACAAAUGGGCUUAUAGCAGCACAGGAUCAUACUUAGGAAACACUAAAGCUGAUUUUAUUGCAAAAAAUACAUUUUCUCUCAACAUUACUGGCCCCAGCUUCUACAAAACAGCUCGCCUUUCUCCUUUGUCUCUCAAGUAUCAUGGCCUCUGUUUGCUUAAUGGAAAUUACAAUGUCAAGCUUCACUUUGCUGAGAUUAUGUUUUCUAAUGACCAGAAAUUCAGCAGUCUUGGAAGGCGCAUAUUUGAUGUUUCAAUUCAAGGUAGGAAGUAUUUGAGUGAUUUUAACAUAAUGGAGGCAGCUGGUGGUGUUGGUAAGGGCAUUUUCAGGGACUUCAACGUUGAUGUUAGGGAUAACUCCUUGGAAAUCCAUUUAUAUUGGGCUGGGAAAGGAACAACAGCUAUUCCUGAUAGAGGUGUAUAUGGACCUCUUAUAUCUGCUAUUUCAGUCACCCCAAACUUUCAAAUUCCUUCAGAAGGGCUUUCUGCUGGAGCCAUUGCUGGAAUUGUGGCUGGAUCAUGUGUGAUCCUCAUACUGAUACUGAUUGUCCUUCGAAAGAUGGGUUUCUUAGGUGGGAAAGAUCCAAAAGACAAAGAACUAUUAGAUCUGAAAACGGGUUAUUUCUCCUUAAAACAAAUCAAAGCUGCCACUGAUAACUUUGCCCCAGAAAAUAAGAUUGGUGAAGGAGGUUUUGGACCAGUGUAUAAGGGCGUACUAUCAGAUGGUGCUGUCAUAGCUGUGAAGCAACUCUCCUCAAAAUCAAAGCAAGGGAAUCGGGAAUUUGUUAAUGAAAUAGGAAUGAUUUCUGCUUUGCAACAUCCAAAUCUUGUGAAGCUUUAUGGCUGCUGCAUUGAAGGAAACCAGCUAUUGUUGAUAUAUGAGUACAUGGAAAAUAACAGUCUUGCUCGUGCUCUUUUUGGUCGCCCAGAACAGAAAUUACACUUGGAUUGGCCUACAAGAAUGAAAAUCUGUGUAGGGAUUGGAAGAGGAUUAGCUUAUCUACAUGAAGAAUCAAGGUUGAAAAUUGUACAUAGGGAUAUCAAGGCAACAAAUGUCUUACUUGACAAAGGCUUGAAUGCUAAGAUCUCUGACUUUGGUUUAGCCAAGCUUGAUGAAGAAGAGAAUACCCAUAUCAGCACAAGAAUAGCAGGAACAAUUGGUUAUAUGGCUCCUGAAUAUGCCAUGCGAGGAUACCUGACUGACAAAGCAGAUGUUUAUAGUUUCGGAGUUGUUGCUUUAGAGAUUGUGAGUGGAAAAAGCAACACAAAUUACAGGCCCAAGGAGGAGUUUGUUUAUCUUCUUGAUUGGGCCUAUGUUCUUCAAGAGCAAGGAAACCUUCUUGAGUUGGUGGAUCCAAGUCUUGGUUCAAGCUAUUCCUCACAGGAAGCCAUGAGAAUGCUGGAGUUGGCACUCUUAUGUACUAACCCAUCUCCAACUCUUAGGCCACCCAUGUCCUCUGUGGUUAGCAUGCUUGAAGGAAAAUUGCCGAUCCAAGCACCGAUAAUCAAGUGCCGGGAGGGUGACCAGGAUGCAAGAUUCAAAGCCUUUGAGAUGCUAUCACUAGACAGCCACAGCCAAACCUUUGUUUCUUCUACAGUUUCACAAGAAAGCAUGGAGCAAAGAGUCCAAUCAAUGGGUCCAUGGGGUGAUUCCUCUGUUUCUCUUCCAAGUAAAGAUUGCUCUUCAUCUGAUAGGCUUCUUAGGGAUUCCAAUGUAUAAUCUGUUCAAAAAGUGGGUUGAAAAACUUGCUAUGGAGUAGAUAUUAGAAUAGCCAUAAGCAUGCUAGUGCAGAGUCAAAAAGAAAUUUGAUGAUGUGUAAAGAACAUUUGUUCAUGUAUUAGUUACUGUAGUUUCCGAAUAGAAAAAUUUAUACCUGCAAA